GCAACUAGAUCGAUUUAAACCGGUGUUGUCUCCUCUAUAUAUAUCAGAUGGCGUCAUUACAGGCUUCAAGAUUUAUGCUUACUACUUCUUGUUCUUCUUGCACAAGAACAAGAUCCGCAAUCUCAAUCCCAAAGUUACCAAAAUUUAAUGUCUCGAUUCCGCAAAUACCGAUCAAGAACCGGAAUUUCAGAGUCGAAGAACCGAUUCUUCGGUUGGAUGGGUUUGCUGAAGAUCUUGAUCUUUCGUUGUCAGAGAGACAAAGGCAAAAGAAGAGAGGGUGCGAUGAUCAGGUUUUGCAAAGGUCGCGGCUCAUGGCGGUUCUUGAAGAAGUUAUAGAUAGAGUGGAGAUGCACAAGAACAUUGGAGAGCAACGCAAUAACUGGAACUCUCUCUUGCUCAAUUCCGUCAAUAUGAUCACUCUCACUGCCGCUUUGAUGGCCGGAAUAGCCUCUAUGAACGCCAGUGGAAUAGAUUCCGUUUCCGCGGUGAGUAUAGCUUCUACGGUGUUGCUGGCUUCUGCUACAGGUUUGGCUGCCUUGAUGAACAAGAUUCAGCCUUCACAGCUUGUGGAGGAGCAGAGGAACGCAACGAGGCUGUUCAAGCAGCUAAGAAACAGAAUCGAGAUGGUUCUGAGGGAGAAAAGUGAAGAUGGAAUCAGUGAAGAAGACGUGAAAGAAGCGAUAAAGAGAGUGCUCUGUUUGGACAAAGCUUACCCACUUCCUCUAGUUGGCACCAUGCUCGAGAAGUUCCCUCAAGAAUUCAAGCCAGCGACUUGGUGGCCUGAAACAAAACCCGAACCCACUCAUUCCAGAACGGAAGCUAACGGGUGGAACUCGGAGCUAGAGAUGGAGAUGAGAGAGGUGGUUGAGGUAAUUAAGAGUAGAGAUGCAGAGGAGUACGAGAAGUUAGGUAACGUGGCCUUGAAGUUAAACCGGGUUUUGGCAAUCUCUGGACCAGUGUUGACCGGAAUUGCUGCCGUAAGUUCCGGUUUUAUAGGUCACGGUUCAGGUUUAGCUGGAGUAGUAGCAACAACGUGUGCUUCAUUGGCUGCCGUAGUGAACACGUUAGAGCACGGAGGUCAAGUAGGGAUGGUGGUUGAGAUGUAUAGAAACUCCGCCGGAUUCUUCUCUCUUAUGGAAGAUACGAUCAAAACAGAGAGACGAGAGAAUGGACAAGUUUUCGAGACCAAAGUAGCGUUGAAACUUGGGAGAAGCUUGUCUGAAUUGAGAGAUCUGGCCAGAAGAUCUAGCUUGUCUAGGUUACAAGGAUCAGCCAUAGAUGAAUGCGCAAGCAAGCUCUUUUAAUUAGUCUACAUACAAAUUGAUAUUCAUUAAUUAUUUUUGUGUAUAGAGAAAAUGAUAGAUGAUUUUUGAAUUUCUAUACAAACCUGAAUAUAACUA